GUUUGUCUCUACUCCAUAUCCUUAUAAAGCGCAUGAGCCUCUCCCCCACUCACUCCUCUCUCAAAAAAUCAAAGUCUCUUGAGCCUAGCUAUUUGCUCAAAGCAGCUGGGUCUUUCAUCAAUAAUGGCAGAUCCAGCCAUGUACGAGUACCAUGACUUCCUCCUAAAUAACAAACAGCCCCCACACCAUCACCUCCUCCUUCAUCAUCAUCAUCAGCAGCAGCAGUCACCCUGUCUAGGACCAUCACCACCAGCAAAAAGCCAACCCACCACAAAACCACCGGCAUCGUCAUCGCGUUCUUCGUCGUCUAAACCUGGUCGCGUAUUCCCAUGCCUCUUCUGCCCUCGCCAGUUCUACACCUCUCAAGCUCUCGGCGGCCACCAAAACGCCCACAAGCGCGAGCGAGCCGCUUCCAGAAACAGACCACCUCUGCUCGGAUCAGCCUACCACCAGAACCAGGAGCCCUCUCCCUCUCCGCCGUCGUUUCAUCAUCACCAGAACCAUUAUCUGCAGGGACGUCAUUUUGAUCCCCAUCGUCAGGCGGCGUCUCUUGACCUUCAGUAUCCAACACCAACAAAUGGAGGGCUAAUAAUCGGCACACCAACAAACACCACUGCCUUCAUGGACGACCAGCAGCAACAGAUGCAGAUGCAGAGCUACUAUUGGUUUGAUGAGUCGAAUGCCAGCAAUAGCUUGAAUCAGGAGGAGUACCAGUACUACUCCACUCAUCCUCUUCCAUCUGGGUUUCUUGCGGCCUCUCCUGCUUUCAUCUCGACCCCAACUCCAACUCCAACUCCAACUCCAACUACAAGUGCGAGUACCACUACUACUACUACUACUCAUGAUUCUUAUUAUUCUGCCCAACCAAAUGUGGACCUCACCCUCCGCUUAUGAUCGAUCGAGCCAUUUCUGUGUCACGUACUUGACCAGUCAGUGAGUUUUGCAUUUUUCAGUUUGCAGUAGCACUAGUAGUCCAGUCAAGUAGUCCUCCUGUCUUCAUUUUUAAUUACAGUAGUGGUCAAGUGGGUUUUGCUCAAGUAGCCAGCUAUCUAGUACUCUUUGUCAAAUUGAGUUGGGGAAUUAAUUAAGGACCGAGUUUGAAGAUGGAUCGAUCGAUGCACUUGGGUCUUUAAUUUUGAGCUAGCUACCUCUUCUCUCUCUCUCUCUCUACGUUACACAUAUAUUGAUGAUCCACAUAUGGAUCGAUGAAAUUAGAUGAGUUAGUAGUUUCAGGAUGACCAGUUUCAUUAAUUCAAACUUGUUGUUGAGCAUUCACAUCAAUAUUGG